CUCGGCCAACCCUUGGCUAUCCAAGUUUGUCCCUAUAGAUAUCUUUCAUGUGCCAUUGCACUACCCCUAAAUUGUUUUAACGUGUUGCUCCCUUGUUCCUAUGUGUUUUUCCAGUAAACAGAUGUCAAGAUAUCGCCACCGCCAAUCGAGAAAGUUUUUGGAAGGAUUCAGUGGACUGCAGAUGACAUCCCGUUCGACCAAGCAAAGAAUGAUCUACAGGAAGCUCUCGGCAAUGAUCGAUCGCAAAGAUUCAUUCAUUUCUCUAAAAUUCCAGUGCCCACAGCUGCGGUAUGGCGAGUACUUGCUGCCAGCGUCACAAAUGGGGAGAAACGGGCUAUUCUUGGUCAUGUCGAUCGAGGUGUUAGGCCAAGAGCUCAAAGACGAGUGUGAUUAUACCCGAGAGGUCCGCCAUCGAAAACCGAUGGGUGAAUGUCUGAAGGACGAUCGCAGGUUCGUGGUAGCUAGGAUUUUCGAUCACUCGAGUACCUCGAGGGCCUUGGCCAUCGAGUUCAUGUCAGGCAACUCGCCGUGA